AUGCCAGUAACCCGCAGGUCCGCCCGGUUGAGGGGUGAGACUCCAGUAUUCGAGUUAUCCCAUGUAGAAAGGAAGCCUUCGCGCUCAGCUGCCAAGCUACCAUCGCUUACCGAAGGAAACGACGAAGCACUGACCUCUCAGACCAAGCCCACCUGUCCAACAACUCCUACAAAAAGCAUGGCUUGCACACCCGUGAAGAACUAUUCCAGCUCGAAGCCAUCUAUUAAAACACCUGGGAGUGCUAGCCCUCCGAAACCUGCACUCGAGGAGAUGCAUCCGAGCAAGGUUCAACAGAGCACCUCGAAACAACCAGAUAGUGCGCUCGUACUUGGCUUUCGACCAGUCCAGAUGGAUCCCAAUGCGCCAGGCAAUACCCUCUUGACAUUAUCAAAUACACCCUCUAAGGGACGGCUCUCGCAUCCUGAUCAGCUAGAAGCUCUUAGCUACGACUUCAAAUUUACCUGUGAGAAUUCCGAGUUUGGUGCUGAAGCACGAGAAAUUAUGAAAAGCGUCCGAGAAGAUGCAGCGAGAAUUAAAGCGGAGAUGAUCCUGAAGGCAAAAGACCAAAAUCUUGACGGUGAAAAGGCGAAACCAUUAGAAGAUAGGAAGAUAGCGACCGCAAAGGGCAAAAUUGGGCGAUUUAGUGAAAUUCAUAUGGCGCAGUUCAGAAAGAUGGAUUCUAUAGCCAACCACCCUUCUUCAUUUAGAGCUCGCCCAGACCGUGUCCAGCCCCCCGUUUCGAAGGGCCUCAAACGUACCAUUUCGAAGGCUCAGCUGGAUGCGCCAGAGAAGGCUACUCCAACUGCGGUGAACCCUGUGACAACUACAGGCGCAUCGGCCAAUUCGGUCACAAAGCGUUUUAGAAGCAAAGACAAUGAAGAUACUUCGACUCGUCGCCCACUCUUCAAGGAUGACCAGGUUGUCAACAGAGGUCUAAAAACCGGCCCAACAGUCUCCAAAGACCUCAGCACUCCACGCAAGCCAACAACUGCCUGUUCCACAGGUGUCAAGCAUCCUCAAACCACAAAAAUCCCUUCAUUGUCUUACUCCCCUUCAAAGUCUUCUCUCGCGCCACGAACUCCCCAGACGGAUCUCAACCCGAAAGCCAAAAAAACAACCCCAGGUUUUGGAGCCCUCAAAUCAAUUCUAUGUCGACGCCAGCCUCUUUUCUCUAAUGACCCCGUUAAAAUUGCAGCUGGAACCCACCAGGCUUUUCCUGAUGCCGAUCUGGGUAGCAAGCUCGUCUCUGCCCCCGAUACUUCCGAGCAAAGUCACGCAGUCCCUUCCUCGAAAAAGCGUGUUGGCUUCUCCGACAGCACUAAGCUCCCUGAUGUAUCACCGGAAACCCCUCGAACACCUGACUUUGGUCCUAUUGCUGAAGGUGCUUCUGAUGGCUACAUAACAUAUCCCACUCUACCACCUCUCAGUACGCCGCAAGCUAAUAAGCAAUAUUCGUUCUUUUUCGAGCCUUCUCCUGUCAGUGCUCGUAAAGGCGCAACAAUGCCCAGUUCGCAGCAAAUGCCCACUUUCUCCACCCCCGGCGCAAUUCCGCACGGAAUAGCAAACAAGAAACGCCAACGUGAAGACGCUGAGAAUAGGGGACAGGGAAAUAGGGCAUCUCCAAAUUAUUUGAAGGAUGGGCAGCGAAGCGCUAAGAGAGUAAAGACUUCACUCGCCUCUCCGUCAAAAACUUACACCCCAAGUCCAGUCAAGAAGCGCCUGACGCAGCACACAACUCCGCGAAGUGCUGUUCGGACUACACCCAGCUCAACGCAGCACAGAACCGGCCUUAGCUUGAGCCGAUUAAGUUUCCUUGCAAGACCGAAACAACGACGUUGA